UUUUAUUAUUAAAUAUAAUUGAUUCACUGAUAGAAUGUCAACGAUGUUAUUAUCAAUUUUGUAUGUAUAUGCACAUAUUAAUAAUAAUAUAAAAAUUGUGCAUCGCUCGCAAAUUUUCCAAUGGUGGGAAUCUUGCAUUCCCUUUUCGCGCGAUUUUCGACACUCGUCAAUUUUGAAAUCAAACCGUUGCACGUCGAACAACACGCCGUGUUCACGUUAGCGAACUUCGAGUUUUAUCAGUCCAAGUUAUUCUUAUGCGAUGGCUUUAAAUUACUUCGAAAAAUUAACAACUAAAGCUCGGGAGCUUGAUAAUGGUAUUGAGAAAUUGUCUAUAACAUGGGGGAUGCCACAAGUAUUGAGUCUAAUCAAUUCCAUCGGAGAACGUACCGAGGACCUGGAUUCUUACGUCGAAGAUGUAUGGGGCGUUUUAAAUGACACACAGAACGAUUUAAGAAAACUUCGGUCCGAAGCGGAGAAUGAAAACGAAGAGGAUUCUGUAGCACAAAUCCUUGAAAGAGCCAGAGAGGAAUAUGCAAUUUUAAAAGAGGAAUGUGAUAAUUUGUAUACUGUGUUCGCUGAGUACGGCUAUCAUUAUGAUUUAGAUCAAACAAAUGGAAAUGAUAGUAAAAGUAAUGAGCAGACUUUGAUUGAAGGAACAGAAAAUUUACAACUUGUAGAAAGUACUCCAGAAUCUAACUCGAAGUUCGAAAAAAAGGGAACCAAGUUUAUUCCAGGAUCCGAUGGCAGUUAUAAAUAUGAAGCAAGUUUGACGCCAUUUACGACGCCACUGGAUAACAGUGUCACAACCACAUAUACUGACAAUGACGGUGAUGGUAGUUUCAUUGCCCACCAAGAUUAUAUCAGAGAGGAUUAUAUGUUUACUCCUGGGGGUAGUCAACGUCCACCGGUACAAAUUUACUCAAAACAUUUUUAUAAUUUACUUAAGAAAUAAAUUUUAACAAAACUGUAAAAUCUGUAUAUAAAAGUCUAAUAAUAAUAAAUUGUUUUUCUAUAACAGAAUAUGUAUUAGAUAUACACACAGAAUAAUAAGCUAUUCCAUUUUUAUGUGUUAGUAUACAGCUAGUAACAACGAAACUGAGCCAGCUAUGUGCAUGUGUUAGUUUCCCCUAGGGGACAAAAUUCAAAACGAGUGUUAAUAAGUGUACGUUUUAUCUUUUCAAUGCUCGAUCAGGCGUUUAUAGAAUUGUAAUUGUGAUCGAUACUGUUUGACACGUCAAAAUAAAAACAAUUUUAACCUA